UACAUAUACACACACGCACUGAUUUGAUUCCAAUUGACCGCAACUUGUCCUUUUCGUUUCUUUUUCUCAAUCUAAUUCAAUUUUCAAGCUAAUCAUCUAUCGUUCAAAAAGAAUCCGCUGCAACAUGGCCUUUCUGCGACGACUACUGGUGCAAUCGAGUGUUUUGGUGGCCACAACAAACAAACCGAAACAGUUGGUGCUUGCCAGAUGCAUAGCUAGUACGGCCGUCAACAACGAAAGCGAAAAUUGGUUAAGUAAACUUCUCAUGGUUCGUAAAAUCGAUACCGGAAAAGAAGCUCACUCCCGACUGCUUAGUGAUACGGACAAAGUGUAUGAAUUGCACAUUCACGAUGUCAAACCUCGCCACAAGGAAGAAUACUUGCAAAACUUCCAAGCAUGGUGCAACGAGAUCCAGACAAAAAGUCCGGAAAUCCGACUGGUUGGCAGCUGGAAAGUAGAAGUGGGCGAUCUCGACCAAUACGUUCAUAUAUGGGGCUACGACGGUUGGAAACAGGCAUCACAAGUGUUCAACUUGAUUCGAAACGAUCGAACACUGAUGGCACUGGAAAAGGAUCAAGAACCGUUUCUACGAUCACGCCAAAAUCAGUUCAUGUUGUCGUUUAGUUUUUGGCCUAGUCCUCAACCGCAAGUAAACAAUUCAAUGUACGAAAUGCGUUCAUACGUACUAAAGCCAGGCACCAUGAUCGAGUGGGGAAACAACUGGGCCAGAGGAAUCAACUUUCGACGCAACAAUGCCAUCGCCGGAUUCUUUUCGCAAAUUGGCCAGCUCUACUGUGUCCACCACCUUUGGAAAUACGAUGACCUCCAAGCUCGUCGUGAAAUCAGAGAAGCUGCCUGGCGGAAACCCGGUUGGGAUGAAUGCGUCGCCUACACUGUACCUUUGAUCCGGGAACUGAGAACUCGGUGGAUGUCACCGAAUCCAUUUUCACCAAUCAAGUGAUAAUAAAUAAAUCUAUACAUAUACUAACAAUAGCCAAGAGAGAAUGAUGACAAUAAAAACAAAAACAAACAAACAAAACAAAAAA